AUGCCCCGCUGCGAUUGGAUAGGCACUUUGGCCGGACGUCUGUUGCUUGGUCCAAACAUUCUCUUUUUGGCUGGCGAGCAAUGGAAAGAACAGCGCAAGGUGAUCAACCCUGCCUUUCACCGAAGCAUGCCCAUCCAGCUCUUUGGUCGCCUAUCUCAAAAAAUGCUGGAUGUCAUGGAACAGGAAACUGGACCGGUUGACAUCCAUGCCAUGAGUCAGCGCUGGGCGUUGGAUGUGUUGGGCGAGUCGGCCUUUGGGUUUCAGUUCCAUGCGUUGGAUGACCGCGACACCAAUGAAUGGGUCACGCGGUACAACUGUGUCGUUGAAUCGGCUCAGAAGCCAUUCUAUUUCAUGUUUCCGUCCAUCGAACGGCGAUUCAAGACUUGGAUCCCGGAACGUAACAAGGCACACGGCGAGCUCUCGAUCUUCCUGAAUAUGAUGAGCUCGAUUGCCGAGAAGAAGCGACAAGCACUUGUUGAAAGUAGUAGUAGUGGUCCCAAUAGUUCGGGCUCAAAAUUGGCAGCAAAUGAUCAAGAGAAGGAUUUGUUGACCUUGAUGAUUGAGGCUGAACAGGAAGGUCAAGGCCGCUUAUCAGACGAGGAACUGCAGAGCAAUCUUUCUGUCUUCUUUUUGGCUGGUCACGAGACCACGGCAGCAGCCAUUGCAUUUGCUAUCUACCAUUUGGCAGUGAAUUCGGAUAUACAGCAGCGUGCCCGAGAAGAAGUGACCAGAAUCUUUGGUGAUGGAUACGAUAUCUUGCCAACAGUUGAACAAACACGCGAAUUGGACUAUUUGAACAGAGUCAUUAAAGAAACUUUGAGAAUGGAACCUCCGGCUGUGAGCAUGGUUCCACGCAUAGCAACCCAAGACACCGAGUUAUCAGGUGUGUUUAUUCCCAAAGGCACACGGCUUACGGUCGAUCUCUACGAGCUCCACCACAAUCCAGAGGUGUGGAAGGAUCCAGAUCAGUUUGAUCCCGACCGAUUUGCACCUGGGGGAGAAUCAGACGUGAUGGCCGACGGUAUGCCAUGGGCUCCUUUCUCAAAUGGAUCGCGCCAGUGUAUUGGCAUGAAUUUCAGUCUGAUGGAACAACGUGUUUUGUUACCAAUGCUAUUAAUGAAAUAUGAAUGGCGUUUGCCGGAAAACUCGAUCCACAAAGAAAAAGUGAUUACGAACGGACUUGGUGUUAUCAAGCCAAUCGAUCUUAAAGUGAUAUUCACCAAGCGUUACUGA